UUCAAAACCCUAAUUCUGCCAAAUUCAGUUUCAGCCUCGAAAAACCUAUCUCUCUCUCUCUCUCUCUCUCUCUCUCUCUCCAUCGACGAUUUUCCCAUUCAACGGUGAUCCCUCCACCACCGCCACCGCCACCGCCACCACCAUCAACAACGCUUCUCUCUCUCUCUGAAACCCCAGGCCCAUUGUCUACUUAGGAAAUGUCUCCUGCAUCCCGCUCUAAGUCUAAAGACAAGAAGGCUUGUAAGGAAGCUCAGAAGGCUUCUGCAAAGCCUACAGGAUCGGGUAAUGCAGUAGCUGGUAUUCCAACGAGUGGAUACAACCCAUUGUUAGGAACAUUCCAUACUCUGGACAUGUCACCAUCACCUGCUACUUCACCAAUACAUUCUAAUAGCCGUUUUCGGAACAUAGAUGAGACGGAUGAACAUCCUGGGAGCUCAGUGGUAGCUGGUCUUGAGUAUGAUUCUGUUUCUAAUAAUGGUAGUUGGUCUGGUGAGUCUGAAGACCAUAAAGAGAAAACUUCUAAUCCUGCUGUUCGGUUGGAAUCAUUACCUGGAGCUGAUAAUGACAAGCGAGAGAAGAUCCGGCAGAAAAAUGAAAGGAAACAUCAACGGCAGAGGGAAAGGCGAGCACAAGAGUUGCAUGAGAAGUGCUGUGGUUAUCUUAUGUCAAGGAAACUUGAGGCACUUGCUCAACAGCUUGUGGCUAUGGGAUUUUCUCAUGAACGGGCAACAAUGGCACUGAUAAUGAAUGAAGGUAGGGUGGAAGAAUCAGUAGCAUGGCUGUUUGAAGGUAGUGAAGAAGCAGAUAGUCACAAGGAUAAAAACUUCAAUGACAAUCUGAAAAUUGACAUAUCAGAAGAACUUGCUCGGGUCGCAGACAUGGAAACCCGGUAUGGGUGCUCGAAACAGGAGGUUGAAAGAGUGAUUGUGAACUAUGAAGGCGAUCUUGAUAAGGCUGCAGAGACCUUGAGAGAAGCGAGACAUGAUCCACCAUCUGCUCCACCAAAGCCUGAGGAAACUGGUGACCCUUUUAUCAUUAACAAUGGUAAGCAGUCAGGAGUUGUGAGUCAGAGCCCAAGGCCACAAACAAAACCUAUUCCUUCUCCAAAUCAACUCAGAAAAGACGAAAAAGAUUUUAACUAUACAAAAGCAGCAACUACGAUUGGCGUAACUUCAGAAUCUAGUAAUAAAAAUAUGCAGCCUCUAAAGAGAAUACAGCCCAAGUCUGAAUGGGUAAGGCCCCAACAAGCUACUAUACCAGCUGACAAAAGGUGGCCGCCUAGUGCAGGAGCUAAUCCUUCUGUUUCUUAUUCACUGGCAUCGCCUUUGCAGGUGUCAGCCCCACCUGCUAAGAGUGAAGCUCUUUACAUGUCUGUUGGAGGUGAUUUUAAAAACCUACAACCGGGAGCAGCUAGGGACCCGAUGGUUGUGAUGCAGCGCCCCCAAACUGCAAAUGCAAAGCAGGUACCAGCCACAAGCAUGAGUUCAUCACCUCCUGGCAAUGCUGCUAGUUGGUAUCCAACCAACAGUGUAGAAGCUAUGAGGUCUAAUGGCUUUAUAUCUCAUCCUCCUAGCACUAUGAGCCCCAGUCCAAACUAUCUCAGUUCUAAUCAAAUGUACCACCAACUUCAGUAUCACCCUCAACAACCCUUUGUUGCUGGCAACAGUAAUUCAGUGGAUCCCCAAGUAACCAGCCGAGGGAAUAACAUUUGGAAUAGAACUGGUGCAUCUCCAACGCUUGCUGCCGCUGCUUCUCUGGGACUUUUUUCCGGGAUAGGAUCAGCUGCCACUUCAGGGGCAUCUUCUCCGGUAGACUGGAGCACUGGUGGGUCGGUGCAGUUCGACUAUACCAGCAUAGACUGGUCCUUGGAUAGAGGUUUAGCUUCGCCAAGGUCAAAUCCUUUAUGGUUAGGGCUUUCACCUUAUUCAAAAACCAGUGCUCAUACGUAUGACUCAAGUGCUUCUGGUGCUGCUGCUCAACUGCCAAUGAGAUCAGUGCCCUCAAAUGGGAGCAUUGUGCCCAUGCCUGGAUCGCAAGAUGGCGGAGUAGCUUCUGGCGAUGCAUCUGCUGCUGGUUCUCGGGAUUGGAGUUCUCCGUUUGAAGGGAAAGAUCUUUUUAGUUUACCGAGACAGUUUGUUUCUUCUCCUUCUCUGUAGAAUGAGAGGAGAGAAAUUGAAUGGAAUAAAAUGAAAGAAACCCAGAAAUGUGUGUGGAUCUGUUGUUGGUUCUUAUGAUUCUACAGUUCAUGUUUGCUCA